GAUCCUCCCAACCAUGAUCCAUUUGCUUUUCUCGGGCAGGUCCUUCGCCUCCGCCUUCCUCUUCUCCAUCGAGGUGCAGGUGACCAUCGGCUUCGGCGGCCGGAUGAUGACGGAGGAGUGCCCGCUGGCCAUCACGGUGCUCAUCCUGCAGAACAUCGUGGGCCUGAUCAUCAACGCCGUGAUGCUGGGCUGCAUCUUCAUGAAGACGGCCCAGGCCCACCGCCGGGCCGAGACGCUCAUCUUCAGCCGCCACGCCGUCAUCGCCGUGAGGAACGGCCGUCUGUGCUUCAUGUUCCGCGUGGGGGACCUGAGGAAGAGCAUGAUCAUCAGCGCCUCGGUGAGGAUCCAGGUGGUCAGGAAGACCACCACCCCCGAGGGCGAGGUGGUGCCCAUCCACCAGGUGGACAUCCCCGUGGACAACCCCAUCGAGAGCAACAACAUCUUCCUGGUGGCCCCGCUGAUCAUCUGCCACGUGAUCGACAAGCGCAGCCCCCUGUAUGACAUCUCGGCCAACGACCUGGCCACCCAGGACCUGGAGGUCAUCGUCAUCCUGGAGGGGGUGGUGGAGACUACAGGCAUCACCACCCAAGCCCGGACCUCGUACGUGGCCGAGGAGAUCCAGUGGGGCCACCGCUUUGUGUCCAUCGUCACCGAGGAGGAGGGCGUGUACUCCGUGGAUUACUCCAAGUUUGGCAACACGGUGAAGGUGGCCGCCCCCCGCUGCAGCGCCCGGGAACUGGACGAGAAGCCUUCCAUCCUCAUCCAGGCCUUGCAGAGGAGCGAGCUGUCCCACCAGAACUCGCUGCGCAAGCGCAACUCCAUGCGCAGGAACAACUCCAUGAGGAGGAACAACAGCUCCCUGCGCAGGAGCAACGCAGCCCUGCUGGUCCCCAAGGUCCAGUUCGUGACCCCCGAGGGCAGCCAAGGCCCCACUGAAUCCUGACCGCAAGAUAUCCAACUUGGAUGGGAGUUUGGAUGUGAGGGAGGAGGAGGAGGAGGAGG